AUGGAGACCGAGCUUGCGGAAACGGAGCUGCAACGAGCGGUCCUGGACGGUGACGCUAAGCAGGCCGCCGGUCUCCUCUCCAAGCACCAGGAGGCCGUGCAGGAAUUGAAUAAACUUCUGACUACAGUAAGCACAAGCUCUCCAGUUUCUGCGUACUUUUCAUUGUUUGCCCUCACUGGCACGCGUUUUCGUCGUAUUCGCAACCAUCUCUCAUCUUCCCUGGGUGAGUAAUUCGAUUACUUUUUGGCACACGUGGGUCACCUUCCCGAUGUGUAGACAUGGGAAACUGCAGCCCAACUGACGGAUCAGGUGACAGUUAGCUGGCGCGGAACACUGAGGGGCCGUAAUUAAACUAAGACUCCCCGAACAGUAGUUGCACUCCUGUAUUUUUCAGUGCAAGUUUUAGAGCGUUCCACUGGCAUUAUAUUUUCAAUCUUUAACCACCACCCACACGGUCCCGUGAGCAAAUAAUUCGACUACAGUAGUUGUGCUAACUCAUGAAAUGUCAACCAAAAUUUCGAAAUGCGUUCUCGUUUCGAAAAGAUAAAUUAAGUAGUGUUGUAAAACUAAGCAUGAUGCAGCAUAAAUCUAUCAUGAUCCAGUUACCUCAGGGUGUCCGCUUUCGAAAGCACUUAUUUUCGGUUGCAUGCAAGAUCUAUACUUUGCAAGAAAUUACUACUUAAGUAGCAUGCAAUUUUUUAAUUGAUUUUCGAUGCCCUUGAAAAUUCAAUUAUAUUUCAUGGAAAACAUGCAUGAAAAUAUUCAAUCUUUUACUUAUUCGGUAGAAAAUCACGUCUUCUUCCACUUUUAUACUCACAAGAAUAGUAUGAUUCGGUUUUAAAAAAGUUUCUAAUUGUGAGACUUUUUAAUACCGUUAAAUGGCCGUUCAUGAAACGUCAUGUAUCUGCAUUUACGAAUGUGGCUUGUAAAGUUAGCAAUAUUGCAUGCAUUUCUCUACGGUUUUAAAAAGAGACCAUAUAAGGUUCAUAAAAUUAAGCAGUGGAUUUGAGCCAUAUUGUUAACUUUACAAGCCACAUUCGUAAAUGCAGAUACAUGACGUUUCAUGAACGGCCAUUUAACGGUAUUAAAAAGUCUCACAAUUAGAAACUUUUUUAAAACCGAAUUAUACUAUUCUUGUGAGUAUAAAAGUGGAAGAAGACGUGAUUUUCUACCGAAUAAGUAAAAGAUUGAAUAUUUUCAUGCAUGUUUUCCAUGAAAUAUAAUUGAAUUUUCAAGGGCAUCGAAAAUCAAUUAAAAAAUUGCAUGCUACUUAAGUAGUCAUUUCUUGCAAAGUAUAGAUCUUGCGUGCAACCGAAAAUAAGUGCUUUCGAAAGCGGACACCCUGAGGUAACUGGAUCAUGAUAGAUUUAUGCUGCAUCAUGCUUAUUUUUACAACACUACUUAAUUUAUCUUUUCGAAACGAGAACGCAUUUCGAAAUUUUGGUUGACAUUUCAUGAGUUAGCACAACUACUGUAACUUUUGGCAGGCAUAGUUUACCCCAAGAAACUUUUAGGCUGUCUCAUUCCUGCUACAACCGGCUCUGUGCCAAUCGAUGGUUUGUCAAAACCGGUUUUUGCAUGACG